AUGAUGUACAAACGCGAAAAGAAGGAGGAUGAAGACGGCUACGGAAAUCCCUUUGCCAAGGUCGACAAAACCUCAGUCCUUCAAGAGGCCCGUGUCUUCAAUGAGACGCCUGUCAAUCCGCGAAAAUGCUCAUUGAUUCUUACAAAAAUUCUCUAUCUCAUCAACAAUGGUCAGCAGCUGUCCACACUGGAGGCAACUGAUGCUUUCUUCAAUAUGACCAAGCUUUUCCAGUCAAAGGACACCACCCUCCGGCGACUGGUGUACAUUGGCAUCAAGGAGUUGUCCAAGUUUGCUGAGAAUGCCUACGUUGUGACCAGCUCCCUAACAACUGAUAUGAACGGAAAGGAUGACCAAUGCCGACCGGCCGCAAUGAGAGCCCUCUGCCAAAUUACCGAUGCCACGACUUUUCAGGGCAUUGAAAGAUACAUGAAACAGGCAAUAGUCGAUCGCAACUCUGCCGUCUCCUCUGCAGCCCUCGUCAGCUCGAUUCAUCUCGCCAAGACGAUUCCCGAGGGCGUCAAGCGCUGGGCAAACGAGGCACAAGAAGCGGUGAACUCUGAUAACAUCAUGGUGCAGUCGCAUGCCCUUGGUUUGCUCUACCACAUUCGCAAAUCGGAUCGUCUGGCAGUAACCAAACUGGUCACCAAGCUAACACGUUCAAAUUUGAAGAGUCCUUAUGCUCUGUGCAUGCUGAUUCGUAUUGCUGCUAAACUAAUCGAGGAAGAAGGUGCCACCUCCGAAUCACCAUACUUUGAUUUCAUUGAAAGUGCCUUGCGCCACAAAAAUGAGAUGGUCGUCUAUGAGGCAGCCAAUGCAAUCAUCAAUCUUCGCUGCACCAGUCCUCGGGAGCUCAACUCGGCAAUCUCAGUGCUGCAGCUUAUGCUGUCCAGCUCCAAACCGACGAUUCGUUUUGCUGCAGUUCGUACACUUAACAAAAUUGCUAUGAACCAUCCAAAUGCUGUUAUGGCUUGCAACGUUGACUUGGAGAACCUGAUCACCGAUUCAAACCGCUCGAUUGCUACCCUAGCCAUCACUACGCUUCUAAAGACAGGCAACGAAAGCUCUGUGGAGCGACUAAUGAAGCAGAUUGCCUCCUUCAUGUCGGAGAUUAGCGACGAGUUCAAGAUUGUUGUCGUCGGUGCUACUCGUGCACUGUGCGCUAAAUUCCCUCGUAAGCACACGGUCAUGAUGGGCUUUCUCAGCUCGAUGCUGCACGAAGAAGGUGGUUACGAGUACAAGAAAGCCAUCGUCGAGACGAUUAUUGCAAUCAUCGAAGACAACCCUGAAGCGAAGGAGGGCGGUCUUGCCUAUCUAUGUGAGUUUAUCGAAGACUGCGAGCACACCAGUUUGGCUGUGAAGAUUCUCCAUCUGCUCGGUCGAGAAGGCACCAAAACUGCAUCGCCGGCAAAGUACAUUCGCUACAUUUACAAUCGCCUAAUUCUCGAGAAAAGUCCUGUUCGUGCAGCGGCUGUCAGCUCGUUGGCGAAGUUCGCCGCCCACUGUGAGGAUUUACUGCCGCAAAUUCUUGUGCUUCUUGAGCGCUCAACGCUCGACACGGACGACGAAGUUCGAGAUCGUGCGACAUAUUACCUGAAUAUUCUGCAUGAAAAGCAGCGGGCAAUUCUGAACACGUACGUUUCCAACACGUUGAACGUGAGCAUCAUUGGACUUGAAAAGGCUCUUCAGGGGUACAUCCAAGCGGCGGCGGCCACUGAUGGCGUUACCUACUUGCCCUUUGACAUUAAAUCAGUACCACUCAACACGGCCACGUUUUACGAAGGUGGAGAUGGAAAACUUGGCACCGGACUCGGACAAAAGUCCACUAACGGUCCCAGUGGAGCAGUGGCAGUGGAGAAGAUUGCCGCCACCAGACAGGACUUGUAUGCGGAACAAAUAGCGGCCAUUCCAAAGCUGGCGGCACUAGACUUAGGACCGAUCCUCAAGAGCUCACUACCUGUAGACUCACUACCUGUAGAGUUGACCGAAUCAGAGACCGAGUACGUCAUCCAGUGCGUGAAGCACAUGUUCAAGGACCACGUUGUACUGCAGUUUGAUUGUACCAACACGCUGAAUGAUCAGGUGCUUGAAAAUGUUACCGUUUCUAUGGAUAUUCCCGAAGGAUUUUCCGUGGAUGCAGUUGUGCCUGCGGAACAGCUUGCCUACAAUGUUCCGCGUUCGGUGUACAUUGCCUUGUCCAUUGACCCUGAACUGGACGAUGUCUCACUCCUUUCAGCAACGUUUACUUCUGUGACGCUUAAAUACACGGUCAAGGAUUGUGAUCCAAAUACAAACCAAGUAUUUGAUGAAGAAGGAUAUCCGGACGAAUAUGUUCUUGAAGACCUGGAUUUAAGCUUAGAGUUAAACCACUUGGCAAAUGGAUCAUCUUGA